ACUUUGGCAUGUUAGUAUAUAAAAAGUAAGAGCACACAUCAAUUACCAGCAGAACUUGCCUUUCCUACCAUCAAAAUGAAGCUCACCGUUGUGAUUGUUACUCUUGGAAUUUUCCUGGCUCCAGCUCUUGCUGACGAUGGGAACGACGAUCGAAGUUCACGCGAGACUUUGAGCGUCAAUAGGGACUACAGCGUGGCCGACUUUGACCCAAACAAUGGUUUCGACUCCUGGAAUUCUGUCUGGGACCACAACACUGGCUUUGGUGCAACCAGGGUACUUCGGAAAAAUAGCUGCCUCAUUAAUAAAAUAGACAGAAUUUCUCCUUCCAUCGUACUGGUUCCUCCACCGCCUCCAGGAGACGAGGUGUCUGCUCCUCGGCCACUUUCUCCACGACGCGAGUAUCACUUCAUUGUGCCGAGAAAUAGAGUCCAAGACUUGUCCCGCUUCGGAAAAUCCAUUCAAGCUCUGUGCAGAGGAAUUCCCGCUUACUUGACUUACCCAGCUUCAGAAUCAAACGUCUCAGAAGGAGGAUUCCGAUGUUUCAAAACACAGAUGAACAAUGCGAUUUUAAACUACUGUUCUCGCUUUUGGUAAAAGUUUUGCUGAUGAAGUUUUCGGGAAGAGAAUUUAUAUAACAGCGUACCCACAAUGAAGAUUUUUUUUUCCUGACAAUCUUAUCUUGAUCACAUUUUCAAUCACUUCUUUAUCUGUUUCUCUUCUGCUCUGUGUGUAGGCUAUUGUCUCUCAAUAAAAUUUAUCAUUAACCUGCA